CCUGGUUCUAGCUGUCAGGAGCCUUGAGUCAGCCAGUGAGCAGCCAUUUGAUAGGGCGUGUAUGGAUUUAUAGGGCGGGACGUCGUGCUGACUGAGUGCCUUCUGACUGGAGGAUCUGUGUGUGCAGGUUGCUGACUGCGCAGCAGAGGGUGCGGGUCAGUUUGCAAUGGAGGACUCCAUUGAGGUGAUUCUGCAAGACUAUAGCAGGGUCUGUCCCACCAACAGACCGCAUCUCGUCCUGACUGCCUGCACAGGUGCUCUACUCACAGGCCUGUAUGGAGUAUGGAGCCUGUUUGCUUUGCCUGGAUUUCGCAGAAUCCCGUGGAACCUCAAGGUUCCUUAUUUACCCUCCAGUAAAGUCCAGACCAUGAACACUAUGCAGCUGCUUGAGGGACGAAUGGGUCGCCUAGCAGAUCUGGGAUCAGGAGAUGGGCGACUGGUGUUUGCGGCUUCUUCUGCUGGUUUCCAGUGCACAGGUUUUGAGAUCAACUCCAUUUUAGUGGCCUGUGCCAAGAGCAAGGCCCUGUGGACAGGAGUGCCCUCCAGCCAGGCAACCUUUGUUAAAAAAGACUUCUGGAAGGCUGAUUUAUCUGAUUACAACAACGUGACAGCUUUCCUUGCUCCAGGAGUGAUGGAAGUGCUUGGUGAGAAGCUGUUGAAAGAGCUUCCUGAUGAUGCCUCUGUCAUCGCUUGUCGUUUUCCUUUCCCCGACUGGCCACAAAAAUCGUCUGCUGGCUUUGGUCUUGACCAGACUUUUUCUUAUGACAUCAGCACCGUGCGGUCACACCUGAGAAAAAUGCCGAAAACAGCAGUGCAUUAACUCAAAGUCUCUGGGGUAGUUUUCGGUUAUUUUAUUUCUCUGUCAUCCUCAACAUCCCUAAACACGAAGACAACACAUUUUUAGCGGUAAUCAGACAGACUUUAGGGAAAUGAAUUGGUGAUAUGUGUCAGUUACGAGCACUGAGCAGGAGGGAUCCUUAAGAAAUAUGUCAUGAACAUUGCGAGGAUGAGAGGGCUCUGACUAAGCAGAAUGUCAGGUGGAUUUUGACAUCACUUAUCCCCUGCAGUAUUUGUUCAAUCUUUGCUCAGCCAGAACAGACUGUGCCUUUGCCAUUUUACUGAGAAUCUUGUUAUAAAUACCAUCAUGCACCACUAUCUAGAACAUGGCUGUAUCUAUUCUAAAAGCCCUUCUACUACAAUUAUUUUUACCUCCUCAUCAACACUGAUGAACUUCUUUGGUAAAUGCUAAAAGAGGGAUUAUGAGGUCAAUGUUUUGCAAUGUUUUGUCUCACGUUGCUUUCGAUGGGUUUAACUUAGAUCCAUAUUUUGUGUUUAUUCAAGAUGGGAAUAUGUCUCCAGUUCAAGGCCGUUCUGAGAUUUAUUUUAUUGGUCUCCUAGACAGCCACCGGAGUUAGACACAGACAUUUUUAUGUUGUGUAUGGUCUAGAAUAAUGAUCUGUGUCACCUGACUCUUGUGGGUCAUAUGAAAUAUGUAACUGGGUAGCGAAAAAGACACUUUACUCUGAAAACCAUUAUUGUGCAUGGUUAUAUGUGUAACACUCUGUUUUUCUGUCUGUUUGUUAGCAGUAUAACGAGACAUUUCAGUAAAAUUAGCUGGAAAGUAGGCCAUUUGCCAAUGAACAAGUGAUUUAUUAUAUUCGUAUUAAAAUCAUAUUA